AUGACAUCAAACGGUUCUUUGAUGACGCCAACAAACAGUUCUCCUGAUUUUAAUUCCUCAAAAUUACAACAAACAUCUCAAUCAAUCCCAAAAUUAAUCAGACGAUCAUCUGUAUCAAAUACAACACAAAAGCAAAAUGGUUACACUACGAAUCAACGUCGUCUAACGCAUUCAACCAUGAAUAAUGAUUUUCUUAAUACACGUGCAUCAUCAUCUUUAGCUGCACCACUUCUUAUUGAUACAAUGAAUAAUUUUUUUGAAGCAACAAAAGCUAUGGAAGAAGAAAUAAUGUUACCAUCAAGACUUAAAGACAUGCCAGUUGAAGAACUUGUCUUCGACAAUUCUGUUCAACCAGAUAAUUGGCAUGAUAUUUAUGCAUUUAUUCGAGAAAUGAGAAAUCAAUUACAACGUACACAUCCAUUUGCUGAAGAUGAUGAUAAUAAUACUAACACUAAUACUAAUACUACUACUACUAAUAAUAAUAAUAAUUCAAAUGUACCCCAAAGAAAAUAUUCCACUGAUGAUGAAGGAAUUAUAAUUCCACAUUAUGAUGCUAAUCAAUUUUCAUCAGCAUCAUCAACAGUAUCAUCUGAUGAAUUCGAUCAAAUUUCAACAUCAUCGAUUGCUACAUCAUAUGAAACAAUCAAAGAUGAACUUAAAUAUCAUUAUUAUGGUCUUUUUCGAUCGCUUGAUAAUUUAACAGGAAUGGCUAAUCGUGUAGCAGAAAAAUAUCGAGAAGAAACUACUUUUUAA